UAAUGCAAGAAAAAAAGGGACAGACACAAAUUUGAUCACGCAACCAUAGCUUUGAUCUCUAAUCCAUUCAUGUUGCAGAAAACAGUAUUAGUUUGUCCCUCAAGAUACAAACGUUCCGUGCUCCGUAAAAUGGUACUCUUCUGACACGACAUUCAGAUAUCAGACUUUCGGGUCGGGUGGAUCCAAGUGAAACACUGUUCGUGUUCUACCCAUACCAACAUCAUACACAAGCCGUUGAUUUGUGUUUUCAAUCCACGGCUAUAAAUGCAAAGAAAAAUAGGGAAGUUAGUGGUGAACGAUUCUCCGAAGAGACUACAAAGAGUCGUGGAGGAGAAGCUGAUAUCCCUGUUAAGGUCAUGUGAAAGGUGCACGCAGCUGCACCAGAUUCAAGCUCAAAUAGUCACCCAUGGACUCCAGGGCAAUGAUUACGUCACCCCUAGUUUCAUCACGGCGUGCGCGCGUCUCGGUAGAAUGGGUCACGCCGGAAGAGUGUUCAACACAACAGCUCAACCAAACGGCGCCACGUGGAACGCCAUGUUCCGAAGUUUUGCCCUAUGGGAGUGUCCCUUUGAAGUCGUCGUUUUGUUCGCGCAAAUGCAUCGCACCGGAGCUUCGCCGAACUGCUUCACUUUCCCAAUGGUGAUGAAGUCGUGUGCUCAGGCGAACGCGGUUAGAGAAGGAGAGCAGGUUCACUGCGUGGUGGUGAAACGCGGUCUUAAGUCGAACGCUUUUGUGGGAACCGCGUUGAUUCACAUGUACUCCGCGAGAGGGGAGGUGUCCAUCGGGGAUGCUUACAAGGUGUUUGGCGAAAUGCGCGAGAAGAAUGUCUUCGCUUGGACUGCGAUCAUCGCUGCUCAUGUGGCGUGCCGUGACAUGGCUUCCGCAAGGCGUCUUUUUGACCUGGCCCCGGAGCGCGACGUGGUGCUGUGGAACGUCGUCGUUUCUGGGUACAUCGAAUUGGGGGACAUGGUAGCUGCGAGAGCGCUGUUUGAUAAAAUGCCGAACCGCGAUGUGAUGUCGUGGAACACCAUCUUGAACGGUUACGCCUGUAACGGUGAGGUGAAAUCGUUUGAGAAGCUGUUUGAUGAAAUGCCUGAGAGGAAUGUUUAUUCUUGGAACGGGUUAAUUGGAGGGUACGUUCGGAAUGGGCUCUUUAACGAAGCUUUGGAGUCUUUUAAACGGAUGUUGAUGUUACCAAAACAAGAAGUGGAAGGUGGUGAUGUUGUGGUCAUUCCCAAUGAUUACACAGUUGUGGCAGUGCUGUCCGCGUGUUCCAGAUUGGGAGGCCUUGAGAUGGGUAAGUGGGUUCAUGUUUAUGCAGAAAGUAUUGGGUAUAAGGGCAACUUGUUUGUUGGAAAUGCUUUGAUUGACAUGUAUGCAAAAUGUGGGGUUAUAGAGAAAGCACUUGAUGUGUUUAAUUGGUUGGAUGUGAAGGAUAUAAUAACUUGGAACACCAUAAUUAAUGGCCUUGCCAUCCACGGUCAUGCAGCUGAUGCUUUAAGUUUUUUUGAGCAGAUGAAGAGCGCGGGAGAGAAGCCAGAUGGUGUUACGUUUGUUGGGAUUUUGUCUGCAUGUACGCAUAUGGGGUUAGUGAGAGAUGGGUUUCUGCAUUUCCAAUCGAUGGUUGAUAAUUACUCAAUUGUGCCUCAGAUUGAGCAUUAUGGUUGUAUGGUGGAUUUGUUAGGAAGAGCUGGUCUUAUGGAUCAGGCUAUGGAUUUCGUGAGGAAGAUGCCAAUGAAACCGGAUGCGGUUAUAUGGGCAGCACUGCUUGGGGCUUGUCGGAUGUACAAGAAUGUGGAAAUAGCAGAAGUGGCACUUGAGCAACUCAUUGAACUUGAACCCAACAACCCUGCAAACUUUGUCAUGCUUUCGAACAUAUACAAGGAUCUUGGAAGAUGGGAGGAUGUUGCCCGGUUGAAGAUUGCAAUGAGAGAUACCGGGUUCAAGAAAUUACCGGGAUGUAGUGUUAUUGGGUGCAAUGAUAGUGUGGUGGAAUUCUAUUCCUUGGAUGAGAGACAUCCAGAGACAGAGAGUAUAUAUCGGACAUUGAAGGGAUUGACGACUCUGUUAAGAUUGAAUGGAUACGUCCCAAAUCUUGUGGAUGUUGCUCAUGGAAACUGAACGAGUAGGGAGGUAUCUUGAUGAUACCCAAAUCUUCAUGAACUGGCUCAACAUCUGAAAGACCCAAUCAGUUCUACAGACCAACAUCAAUUCUUCAAAUUUUGGGUCUGUUUUGAAACAGUGGAAGAGUCACGUGGAAAAAUGACAUAAUCUUUCAUCCUGCUGCUGCUUGUUGUUAAACUCAGUUACUAUCAAAUUCUUGGUCUUUAUGAGCAAUUUGGCAAUGGUCACUUCUGUAUGUGGUGACAACCUCCAUCUGGCUUCACCCGAACCUUGACAAGCGAAGACCUUGCUAUUUUUGGAAGAGUCUACAUUGUUUAGGUAGUAAAAUAUUAUUGAAA